AAGACGGCGUUCGGGCACAAAUCUCCUGUGUCUCCUCGAACACUCUCCGACAUCUUCGGUGCCAGACAUCAACAAAUGGAAUACCCACCGUACGAGAAUUAAAGACGCGAAGUGAUGGAUUUGGAGCCCACCUCUCUCUCUCUCUCUCUCUCUCUCUCUCUCUCGCGCCGAACCUCCCAAUUCCCCAAAAAGAAAAUAAAAAAGAAACGCCUCGCAUCACCAUGCCCCCGCCCCUACCCGCACCCCUCCUUAAAAAAGCCAUUACCACCAACCCCAUCCUCCUCCUCCCUCCUCGUCACCCCCAUCCCCAUCCCCGUCCCCGUCCCCGUCCCAACCCCUCCCUCUCCCUCUCCCUCUCCCUCUCCCUCGCCCUAUUCCGAAACCCUCCUCCUCCUCCCUCCUCCUCUUCUUCCCCUCCCUUCGUAACCAGAUCCGGCGCUACCCGGUAUAGCUUAUUCGCGAUAUCGCGGAAUAGGGGCGCUGCAUCCGCGGGGAAGGGUUCGUCGUCGUCGUCGCGGUGGAUGAGUCCCGGAUCCGAGCUCAGGGAGAGAUCGCUCGGGGGGACGAGGAGGAGGAGGAGGUUGGCGGUGGUGGGGGUAGCGGAGGGGAAGAGGGGCGAAGCGAAAGCGAUGGGGUGGGGCUCGGAUUCGCUUCUGAAUCCGUCCCAGAAUCAUGGGAGGGGAGAGGCGCAGAUCAAUGGGAACAGCUGCUGCAGGGAUCAGGAAUCGCCGCCGCGGUUGCUCACGAUCCCCACCGUCCUCACCAUCGGCAGGGUCGCCGCCGUCCCGCUUCUCGCCAGCACAUUCUACAUGGAGGGCCGUUGGGCAACAACCGCAACAACAAGUAUCUUUCUUGCCGCAGCAGUCACAGAUUGGCUAGAUGGUUACAUUGCUCGAAAGAUGCGUUUAGGAACGGCAUUCGGUGCAUUUCUGGAUCCCGUGGCUGAUAAGCUUAUGGUUGCCGCCACACUAGUACUAUUGUGCAACAAACCUUUGGAAGCUGCCAUAUUUGGGGAAUUUCAAUGGCUUCUGACAAUACCUUCGAUUGCCAUUAUUGGCAGAGAGAUAACAAUGUCAGCUGUGCGUGAGUGGGCUGCAUCUCAAAAUAGUAAAGUUCUUGAGGCUGUGGCAGUAAACAAUUUGGGGAAAUGGAAGACAGCAACGCAAAUGACUUCAUUGACCAUCCUCCUUGCUGCUAGAGACUCCAGCCUCUCAGGGGCAGGAGUUUUAGUUGGCUCUGGUGUAGUCCUGCUUUAUAUAUCUGCUUGGCUCGCCGUAUGGUCACUAGUAGUGUACAUGAGGAAGAUAUGGAGGAUCCUCCUCAAGUUGUAGUUCUCUUUAAAACGAUGGAACGGACACGUGUGAUUUCAUUUUUCUUUACAAAGCAGUAAUUCUUGAACUGGCUACAACAAGCAAGCGAUUCUUGGAGAAAUACAUCGGAACUUAAAAUUUUUUAACUCAAGCCAUAGUUUUGUAUCAAGGCAUCAGAUUUAACAACAAAUAUGGUUUUAAGCUGCACAUCCGACAAUGCCGCUGCUGAUUUUUGAGUAUCUUUUGCUGGGAAGAAGAUGAAGGUUGCAGAGUUUUGGUAUUCUCAUGGCACUCUGCGGGGAAAUUGUUAUUGUGAGUGGAGGGAAACAUCAUUAGAUCUGUUAUAGUGCGAUAAACUAUUCAAUAGCUAGCUUCAGGAGACAUUAUAUUAUUGUCUCAAAUAGACACUGUUACAGUUAAAACUUUUAUACCAUAACUCAUAUAGCUUAUAUUUGUGUUUUUCCUU